ACAGCUUGCACUGAGUUUACGCCUAGGAAACUGAAACAAACAGCUAACGAGCGUGUUGACUUUCUAAUCGUCAGUUUCGGAUAUUCGGAAGAUUUUUAAAAAGUAUAUGAAUCCGGGCAGGACGGACUGACCGUGUUAGCGGUGUUCUUCGCGGCACACCUGACCAGCAGGGAAGAAUGAGUUCUCACUCAGAGCAUAGGGCCAUCCAUGUGGAUCCGUCAGACUUGCGCUGUAAGAAAGGCUGCAGUUUCUUUGGCAAUCCGGCCUGGAAUGGCCUCUGUUCCAAGUGCUGGCGGGAAGAGAACCAGCAUGCACGGGCCAGACAGAUUGAAGAGGACCGGGCGCUGGCAGAAAGGCUACAGAGAGAGGAAGAAGCUGCCUAUGCAAGUAGCCACCAGGGGUCACACUCUGAGACCACCACUGCCCAGUUCAGCAAAAUUGAGAAGAGAACUGGUCAGAAAUCACGCUCUGUCCCUACAGUGAAGAGAUUUUUCACUUCAUCUUCAAAGACAAGUCUGGUGAAAGAUGCCACAAUUCCAGAGACACAGUCGGCCCCCACCGCCUCUCUUAGUCAGCAGCCUGUUGUUGAGUCGGACCAAGCCACAAGACAGUUCAUCGACUUUCUGAAGACCCUGCAGAAGCCUGGACGGGAGAUCUUUAAGCAGUGUCAUGCCUUCUGUCAACAUGUACUCUACAAAAAGGAUCUUGGUGCUGAGGAGCUUUCAGAAUCUGUGCAAGACUUUUACCAGAACCUGUCUGAUCGCUUAAACACGCUGUACAAAGGGACCCCAGAUCGAGUGGAGGUUAUAAUGGAUGAAGUAGAGAAGUACCUAAUGCUUCAUUUGUAUGAGCAGGCCUUCUGCCCUGAGUCUGCAGAUGAUGAGGUCAAAGACCUGGCCAUCCAGAACCGAAUCAGGGCUUUACACUGGGUCACUGUUCAGAUGCUGUGUGUCCCGCUGAAUGAAGAGAUCCCUGCAGUAUCAGACAGUCUAGAUAAGGCCAUAACUGACAUCAUUGAGAUGGACUCAAAGAGAGUACCCAAGGACAAGCUGGGCUACGUCACCAGGUGUAGCAAGCACAUCUUCAGCGCUAUCAAACGGAGCAAGCGUGAGGCUGCCUCUGCUGACGACUUCUUGCCAGCACUCAUCUAUGUUGUACUGAAGGCCAACCCACCCCGCUUACAGUCCAACAUACAGUACAUCACUCGCUUCUGCAACCCCAGCCGUCUCAUGAGUGGAGAGGAUGGAUACUACUUCACCAACCUGUGCUGUGCGGUAGCCUUCAUAGAGAAGUUGGAUGCCCAGUCUCUGAACCUAAGUCCAGAGGACUUUGAGCUCUAUAUGUCUGGCCAGGCAUCUCCUAAUAAGGUGCAGGACCCUGGAGACUCUUCAUCCUCUUCUUUACGUAGUGCCCCCAGAGGAGAACCGGCGAGUGGCCGCAGCACUACAGUGGCAAAGACUUCUCAACAGCUGGACCUUCUGACAGGCCUGGAGACACGACAGGAGCGAGUGCUAGAGGGGGCACACAGGCUGGAGAAUGACCUCAUCGAGUGGAAGGACGGUGUGGAGCACUCAGUGCAGGACGUCCUGGAAGGACUUCAUUUGGAGACGUGUCCCUCGUCGUCGUCCGCCAUUGAUUCGGACAACGUCGACAGCGAGGGGCUGCCCCCUCCUCUACAGCCUCAGGUGUUUGCUGGGUAGCUCCCCCAUCUCCCUGCCACUGACCCAACUACACCAAAUGACAAACUGACUGUUAAUAUUUAACCUUUCUGCCCGUCAGUGCUUGGGCCCUGCUGACUGCAGGCUUCUUUGGGUGAUGGUUCCUCCUUUAAUCUACCGUUUUCAUCUUUCCUGUUCUGGGGAAAGGAUUUGCACAUUAUUCUGUUAUAGUUGAGUUCUUCUCAACACUUUUAAGUAAAGCUUUUAUUGUGAAAGAGCUGGCCAACACAGUCAAUAUGGUUUUCCACCAACAUAAAAAUCUUCCAUUAGGAAGAUCGACAGAUAGAAAUUACCAAUGAGCAACAAGCAAUAAACUAAAUAUGCUGUUAUUACUUGAACCACAAUAUUAGGAAAUGUUUAGUUAAAGGUAGCCACAUGGUCAUAAGGACACCUAAAGAGCUUACUAAAUGGAGGUUCCAAUGUCUGCAUGAUUUAAUGGCUGAGAUGUAAACAAGGUCAUUCAGAGUGACUUGGUAUGAAAUACUUCAUCAUCAUGAAACUUAAGUCAGAAUUGUUCACAGUGGUGGUGAUAGGAACCAGACGUCCACCUCUACAAGUUAUGGGAUCAAAUGUAAUAAUUUAUGAAAAUCUAUUUAUAGUAUAGGGGUACACACGGAACAUUGUGAGGCAAAACACUCCCCAGAGGAAAUGUACUUUUUUCAGAUGUCCCACUGUUUUACUGUAAUCAGCAUCACAUGUAAAAGGUAGGGUCACUGGUGGUUUUGGACAGUAAAUAAAAUGGCUAUAUUUGUGUUGUAGUCAUGGUGACCCCUGGUUCCCAUCAUCACCACUGUAAAGAAAUCUGAGAGCCUACAAUCUACAAUGAACCAUUUCACAUCAAACCACUCUAAACGACUUUGUUUACAUGACCGGAAGGGAGCAACCGUGGCCAUUUGGUCAUUGCUCAGUGAAGUGUUGGCCAGCUCUCUCAACAUCGUCCUCUCUGUCCUUGGCAUCUUUCACUCUAUUUAAGUGAAGGCAGGUCAGAGUAGCCAUUCUUAUGCACUUUUAAUAUAAAUGUCUCAAGUAUAUACAGUUCAGUCCUCAGUUCACAUAGUCUCAGCCUAAAUGAAAAAGGAUUUAUUUUUGUCGUAACUUCUUAUUCAUAAGGGAACAUGGAUGAAAAGUUAGCAAGGUUUUGGGUAUUAAUCAGGGAUAUUCCUUGCUGUUCUGUACAGGCAAGUGAACUCACUUGGGAUUUAGUCUUAUAUGCAUUUUAUAUUAUUUAUUAAAGUAUUUAAUUGAUGUUUGUGGUCAUGAAGUCAGGCUGAAACCAGGUCACUCCACAGGUCUUUUAGUUGCAAUAUUUAUUUGGUUGAAUGUAAACAAUCAGAGCAACUAAAGAUUUCAGAUUUUUAGUCAGUGUAGUUACUGUGGUAGAACUUUAAUGUGUUAACAUGUCAGCUGUGUUGUAUACUAAUAUUCUGGAUGAAAUGAUGCACUGUGAACAAGUUGAACACCAGCUCAUACCCACAUGUUUGAGUUCAAGGAGUAUAUGGUUUGCUUGCAGACUGUUGAUGGACACUACAAUGUACAGGCAGUAUAAUAACAUCCAACCUGGGGAUGUUAAACAGUGACUUCUUUCUGACUUCUUUUAAGGGCAAUUCAAUGUCAAAUCACCAGAGUUCUGUAAAGCCCUGGUCCGGAAUUGCCAAAACAGCUGCCCACUCAUUAGUGCUAGAGAGAAUGCUGUGCAAAAGUCACUUUCUAUUCUUUUAAUUUCAGGUCAGAACAGCCAAUAAGUGCAAGUUAUAGGGAAUACCUUCAGGGGAUAUUUGUGAGAUUAGAUUUAAGAUAAACUUUCUUAAGGAAGAGAAAUUCAAGAGGAAAUUAAGUGGGGUGAAAAAAACAAACAAGUUUCCAGAUCUGUAGUUGAAAAAAACAUUGAAAGCUACGGAGAAAAUGGGACUUCGAACAAAGAAUGAAAGGAUGUGCUGCUGUCAGGAAGCCCUGACUGAGAAAAGUAGGAAAACGCAAAGAAGCUGCUGCUGUUUCCAGAACAAUGGACAGACCACCAGAGUUCAGACCUCAGCAUCGCUGAAUGUGUGUGGGAUUACUUGGAUCAUGAGGAGCAGAAAAUGUAACCAACUUCUAAGACUGAACUUUGGAGCUGUGUCUGCAGAUUUACUUGAGGAGUCACCUGAAAAGAAUGGAGGCUGUAAUAAAGAAAAAGAGUGGACAUUAAAUACUGAAAACUUUGAUAGUAUUUCUAGCUGAUGAGACUAAAAUUCCAUUUAAUGUUAUUAUUGGCUGUUUUGCCUGGAAGAAGGGUGGUUUCUGAUUAUUGUACAGUACUGUUUGUACUUUAUUAUUUAAGUUAAUGGCCAUCUGAAACCUUGUUGCUGUUUGAAAUAGGAAUAGCUAGGAAAAGCAGAUUUAGAUCCCAGGUAGUUACAACUUUAGACGUAUGAAUGUGAAAGUCUUGCACCUCUAUCAGAAUAUUGACAUAAUGCUUUUUGAUUCCUACCAGUUCCAGUAUCCAUACUGUCUUAAGAAAGCCUCCGUUAUUGGUUUGUUUGUCUGUUUGUUUGUUUAUUUUAAUCGUAAGAAGACAGUCCUUUAUGUAUCUUAAGAUAUUUAAUUUAAUCUAGCUCUGGGAGCUGAUUGAACUCCGUUCUGACCAUCUUGAUGAUAAUUUGACCUAAACAGUGGUUAAAAGGCAUGGACAUGUUCAUGAUAGUUGUAGUCCCUGAACUAUAUAUGUAUGUUUAAAUAAAUACAUAAGUAAACAAGUAAGAUGGUGACUCCCAAAAACGUCGCUGCCGCAUGCAAACUGCAGCCCUUGCAUAUGUUGCUGUACCCUGAAUGGAUUGUGCCCAAGAGCUGCACAUUCUGUAAUGGCUGUGUAGCCGUUUUCCAGUAAAACCUCCAAAUACUGAGAAUUAAAGUUUAUGAAUGAGUGAA